CGGUCACACUGUAUUCCAUCGCGCGGUCACACUGCUUUGUAAAUCGUGUCGUCGUCGCUUUGUGAACAAAAAAUUCGAGGAAAUUGCCCGAAUCGACGAAGUAUCUGCCUAAUUCGAUUGGGCACGAGCACACCUGUGUGCAGCUAAACGGAGUGAAUACGCGACUGGCCGUCGAGCUUCAACGAAAGUUGACAUUUUUCCUGCACCCCCGAGUUGAAAAAAGCCGUCAAAAUUGAAUCGACAAAGAUUGACGAGACUUUUUCUUCCACUACAACUGCAAUGGAAGAUAAAGCAACAACAAAAGAUCUUGAUCAAUGGAUUGAGCAGUUAAAUGAAUGCAAUCAGUUGACAGAAACACAAGUUCGCACUCUCUGCGACAAGGCCAAGGAGAUCCUCUCCAAGGAGUCUAACGUCCAAGAGGUAAAAUGCCCCGUGACAGUGUGCGGCGAUGUGCACGGUCAGUUCCACGAUUUGAUGGAACUGUUCCGCAUAGGCGGCAAGUCACCGGACACCAACUACCUGUUCAUGGGCGACUAUGUGGACCGUGGCUACUAUUCCGUGGAGACUGUUACCCUGCUGGUGGCCCUCAAGGUACGCUAUCGUGAGCGCAUCACCAUUCUGCGCGGCAACCACGAAUCGCGCCAGAUCACACAGGUCUAUGGCUUCUACGACGAGUGUCUGCGCAAAUAUGGCAAUGCCAACGUUUGGAAGUACUUCACGGAUCUGUUUGAUUACUUGCCACUGACGGCACUGGUCGAUGGGCAGAUCUUUUGCCUGCACGGCGGCCUCAGUCCCUCGAUCGACAGUCUGGAUCACAUUCGGGCCUUGGAUCGUUUGCAGGAGGUACCGCAUGAGGGUCCCAUGUGCGAUCUGCUCUGGUCUGAUCCCGAUGAUAGGGGCGGCUGGGGUAUUUCGCCCCGAGGCGCUGGUUACACCUUUGGACAGGACAUUUCGGAAACCUUUAACAACACAAACGGCCUGACACUCGUCUCGCGUGCCCAUCAACUGGUAAUGGAGGGCUACAACUGGUGUCACGAUCGCAAUGUGGUCACAAUAUUCUCAGCGCCAAACUAUUGCUACCGCUGUGGCAACCAAGCGGCCCUCAUGGAACUGGAUGAUUCACUUAAAUUUUCAUUCCUACAAUUUGAUCCAGCACCACGUCGCGGUGAGCCUCAUGUUACGCGAAGAACACCCGAUUAUUUCCUUUAAGCUGGAUCGCUCGCACCUAUGCAGCUUUACAUUAACACAUAUUUACAUCGCAUAACAACAACAACAACAACCAGAACCGAAAAAACAAACAAUAUAUUAAUAUAUACAAAUCCAACAAAUGGCAAAAACAAAAAAAAAAUACAAAAAAACACCAUAAAGAACCCGAAACUAAAAACCUCGAUGCAUUUGUUUUGUGGCUGAGAUAUUGUAUAAAAAAAAAAGAAAAGGAAAGCAAAUUUAACCAUAACAGACGCGAGAACAUACAAAAUGCAUUGAAAAACAGUUUAUUGUUUGUUGUUGGCGUCGCCAGCGGGGGCGGCGUGCAUGGAAAGUUAUAUCAAAGAUAAAUUGGGGAGAAGCAGGAGCAGGAGCAGUAUAUACAGAGCCGCUGAUACAAUCCAAUCCAAUCAAACCUACCAACCAAGCAGAAGCAACCCGAAGAACUACAACUACUUAGCUAAAAUUGUUAAUUUAUAAAAAUAACGAACUAAGCGCCGCAAGCAGAAAGCCAGAGAAGAAGAAGAGGAGGAGGAGGACCAUAACCAGUAGGCAGGAAUGAUGGAUGGAUGCAUGGAUGGAUUAUGACGUGACGUGGAUGUGUGUGCAUGGGGUUGCGGACGGGUUGGACGACAGACGAACGCCAGGACGAGCAGCAGUA